ACUGACACAAAAUGGCCCACACGUAAUCCCGGCUGUCCAGUUAACUCACCUUGCGCAAAAGCAUCUACUCUAUAUCAACGUGAUAUCUAUGAUGGAGAAUGUCACCGUCCAUGAUUGGCUGACAUGCCUCACGUGACAAUCUCCCAAGCGGAGUUUCCACGACAGCUGGAAGCCGAAGCUUCUUCUCUCAAAAGAAUCGGGACGAAAAAAAAGGCUUCUGCUCGUCUCGGCAACCCUUUCCAGAGACACCCUGGUCUGGCAUGGGCGACAAGCGGAGUCCCACAAGGCCGAAGCGUCAACCGAAGCCCUCCUCCGACGAGGGGUUUUGGGACUGCAGCGUGUGCACGUACAAGAACACGGCGGAGGCAUUUAAGUGCAUGAUGUGUGAUGUCAGGAAAGGGACAUCAACAAGGAAGCCGCGGCCAGUCUCCCAGCUCGUCUCGCAGCAGCAGGCCACUCAGCAGUUCGUGUUACCCUCACAACCCAAGAAGGAGAAGAAGGAGCGCGUCGAGCGGGAGAAAAGCGACAAGGAGCCGGCGCUCAAAAAGAACAGUCACAAAAAAAUGAGGCCUAGGUUAAAAAACAUUGACCGGAGCAGUGCCCAGCACCUGGAAGUGACCGUGGGCGACCUGACAGUCAUCAUCACGGACUUUAAGGAGAAAGCUAGGCCUUCGUCCACCUCGGCGUCGUCCUCCUCCAGCGCCGCGUCGUCCGCCGACCACAACAGCCAGAACGGCUCCAGCUCGGAAACCACGGAGAAGGGGCUCUCGCGCUCGUCUUCGCCCCGGGGUGAGGGUGGCUCGGUCAAUGGAGAAUCCCACUGAGCGUCCUUGCUGAUUGUGCUACAUGGAUACACUUUGAAGUGGGAACUGAGACCCAUUUUUUGGUGGACGCAGAAGUAUCAGAACCAUGUUGAAUUUGUAUCUACGACUCAUUUAGGAAGCAUUACAUGUGACAUGUUGAGGAGUUCGAAUCAUGCCAAGCUUCCUUCUUCUAGCAGCCAUUUUUCAGGACUGUGAUUGCCUUUGGGACGCACCAAGCUUGUUUUUGCAACGACAAACACUAUGUUCUCGAAGUCGAUAGACGUCUAAUCCGUUUGAACUUACGGCGAUGCUCAUGUAAAUUCACGCCGAGUGAUUGGACUUCUAUCGCCGUCAAUGGCAGCCAAUGAGUGAACAACCCCUUGAUGCCUGAAUUUAGAUUUAGCAAAGAGAAAUCCAUAAAUCAACAAAUAAACGUACAUCAUUAAAAAUAAAAAGAAAUGGACACAAAAACAAUGAAGUACAUAAACAAGUACAACAAAAAUACUAAAGAAAAAAUAAAAUAGGAUAAGACCUCUAAAUUAUUUAAUAUAUUUUGAAAAUGUCUUUUUUUUUGUCAAUUUUUUGUUGUAUUUUUAAAUUAAAUAUAUACUGUAUAUAUUUUUUAUUAUUACUAUUUUUAAGUAUAUAAUAUUUUUGGGGGGUGAAAAUGUCUUAAUAAAUUUCUCAUUUAUAAACAAUUUAUUUUCUACAUUUUUCCCCUAUUUUGCGUGGUGUUUUUCCACGUCAUUUUCAUUUUUUUGUUUGUUUUUAAUAUCACUAUUUUUAAUUACUUAUAUACUCCACUAAAGCUUGUUAUAUACUGUAUACAUUAAAUAUAAAUUAAGGCAUCAAGGGGUUAAAGGGAUAGACAACACAACAGUUUAAUAAAAAUUUUUUUUAAAUCUGAUGUAUAAUAAUUUUUAAAAACUCAUUAAUAACGUGAAUAAAAGCAAAUAUUCCCAGAAAAUGGCCGCCCUUAGCAAAGCUGUUACUAAUUUAGCCAAUGAAGUUAAAGCUUGUUUUUAAUAUGAUUACUGCACAUGCACCUGUGUGUCUUGUCGAUGUGCCUGACGUCUUAAAAUGCUAAUAAGUGUUAUUUUGUCUUUCUCCUUUGUCAAUGUCUGAUAACUGUAAUUUGUAUACUAAAAUAUGCAUUUAUGAAGUGUUGUCUGUCCCUUUAAGAGGUGGUUUAGCAUAUUUCCAACUCACUGACUGUGAUAGACGAACCAGAGUUGCUUUAAAAGCUACCUGUUAUGACACCGUAACAGUUUCUUUUUUAAUUAUGUGCUAGUAGGCGAAAAUAGUGUUGUUCCGAUACCUAAAUACAAAUUCCAAUAGUCCUGGCUAACAUUUUUCAGUAGAUUGUUGUAUGACGUUAGCCACUAGCAUCAUUCAGUAGAGAUUCUUGAAUGGCAUUGGCAUUAGCCGCUAACAUCAUUCAGUCGAGAUUGUUGUAUGGCGUUAGCCGCUAACAUCAUUCAGUAGAAAUUGUUGUAUGGCGUUAGCCGCUAACAUCAUUCAGUAGAGAUUGUUGUAUGGCGUUAGCCGCUGACAUAAUUUAGUAGAGAUUGUUGUAUGAAGUUAGCCGCUAACAUCCUUCAGUAGAAAUUUUUGUAUGGCGUUAGCCGCUAACAUCAUUCAGUAGAGAUUGUUGUAUUAACCUAGCCGGUACCAUCAUUCAGUCGAAACUGUUGCAUGGCGUUAGCCGCUAACAUCAUUUAGUAGAAUGUUUUAUAGCGUUAGACACGAAUGUUAUCAUACAAUAGUGAUCUUUCUGUAUAGUCGUUUAACAUUUUUACAGGUUGCUAGUAGCAUUUUUUUUUGCACAUGAUACUGAACUCUACUUUGAACUAUGUUGGGGGCUGCGUUCAGAGCUUUAUAUUGGUAUCGGUAAAUAGCAUUAAGAUGUUAUUUGUUAGAAUGCCGGUAUCGGUACAACACUAGCUUGAUGCUGACUGGAAAAGAUUUUUAAAAGAUUUUCUCAUUGAGAUUCAUUCCUUAUAAUUUAAUAGUCUUUCAGUUUUUUUCAGGUUCCAACUUUGGAAUGAACUCGAGUUAAAUACAAACUUCUUCCAGUUCAAAGUAGUUUCGAUAUCGCACGUCAUUUUUCUUUGGACUAAAAGGGCCGUCGCCGCUCUAGUGGCGUCGCCCGCAUGACCUGCCAAGACGACGUGGAUACGGUCUUUGUAAUUUGUGGAUAAGAUGACUGGACAAAGUAGGGAUUCUGAGAAUUUUUAGCAUGUGUUAAGCUUGUGAGUAUUGUUUAGAAGUUCACAACGACGAGCUGAGAACUAAUUAGAAAUGUGUUACAUGGUUGUGGCAACAAGGGAACUAAAUUUUGUUUAAAUAUGUCGAUACAUUUCCUUUUGCUCUGCUUAAUUAUGAAAUGUGUGUUUAUUACGUGUCUAUUACAUGGUAACAAUGCAAGCAAAUUAUUACAUUCAGUUUUUAUUCUUUUAUUAAACUGCAUUUAGUAUGCACUUGUCAGACAGAA